GGGCUUGACGCUGCAGAUGAUCCUCUACGGGUACUUCGUUUAUCACAGCAAAAUCAGCAGCCACAAAACACAGAACCCCAACGAGUAGGGAGUUUGUUGCGAGCGCACAUCCCUGCUUGGCUUGGUGCCUCUCCGUUAGGGCGCAUACAAACUACUAGCGAAAUGGAAAUGCAACUAGCCGCCUUAGAAGCUUCACUUGCGCGAACUCCUUUACCCAUGGACAGCGAACGGCCGAGAACGUACUUGCCGAAGAUUCCAUGUCCGUGCGCAUCAUACUAUCCACAGGUUUCGGCACAAAACGUUGAUACCCUUGAAUACUACUUGAGAUUAAGUCCAGAAACGCUAUUUUUCAUCUUUUAUUAUAUGGAGGGCACGAGAGCGCAAUUAUUAGCUGCAAAAGCACUGAAGAAACUGUCAUGGCGCUUCCACACAAAGUAUCUCACUUGGUUUCAACGACAUGAAGAGCCGAAACAAAUAACGGACGAUUUUGAACAGGGAACUUACGUGUACUUCGAUUAUGAGAAGUGGUCGCAGCGGAAAAAAGAAUCGUUCACGUUUGAAUAUCGGUAUCUUGAAGACAAGGAUUUCGAGUGAAG